AAGUAAUUGGGCAAAUAAUAUGUGGAUUCUCAUUCUAUUGAUUCAUUUACACAGGUUCGUUAGUUUCUCACUGAUUGCCAGAGGCUUUCCUUUAAUUCUAAUAAACCUCUGACACAUUGAUGGCAUGACUGAUUGAGACAAGGAUAAGACAAAUCACUGAAAAGAACAUUUCUAGCAAAAACUUGUGGCCAAGAGCAUUUAUAGAUAGAUCAAGAUGUCACUCGGCCUCCUCACCUCAUACAUGAGGGUGCUAAAGAAUCUUAAGGGAACUGAAUACUAUGAUGCAGUCAUUAACAACAUCAUGGCAAAAGAAGGAGACGAUUUCGAACAUAUCCACAAGCGAAAAAGUCGAUUCCAACUUGCUCGGAUAAGCGCAGUUGUGUGUGGGAUUGAGUUUUGCUAUGCCGCAGAGACAGCCUUUGUUAGCCCAAUACUACUAUCAAUCGGGGUGCCAGUGUUAUACAUGACGCUGGUUUGGUGCUGCAGUCCCCUCCUUGGAUUUUUCCUUGCACCGUUGCUUGGUUCCCUUAGCGAUAGAUGUUCAUUUAGAUUAGGUAGACGAAGGCCGUUCAUACUGUUACUAUCACUUGGAAUCGUUCUCGGACUUAUUUUAGUUCCCAAUGGAAAAGAUAUUGCUGAAAGUUUUGGAGAUUCAUAUAAUAAUUCGAGGCUGAAUGUAUCAAACAGCAAUGGGAACACUUCCAUACAAUUGCAAAGUCUUAAAGAUAACACAACAUUUGAUCAUGAACUCGUUGAAAAAGAACAAUUUUAUAUAAAGCCCCAUGUGCUCAGUAUCAUCAUCACAACCAUUGGUGUAGUUCUGUUAGACUUCAGCUGUGACGCUUGUCAAUCGCCUAGCCGGGCCUAUAUGCUGGAUGUUACAGUACCAGAAGAUCACUCCGCGGGCCUAACCACAUUCACCAUCAUGGCCGGACUAGGGGGCUCGCUCGGGUACCUUCUUGGUGGCAUUGAUUGGUCGAAAAUCAUGUCUACUAAUUCUUUCAUCGGUGGCCACGUACGGUUUGUGUUUACCUUUGUUCUUGUCAUGUAUAUAGUUUGUCUUCUUGUAACAAUAUCAAGCUAUAAAGAGGUGCCUUUGAACAAAAUCAGUGGCAUUGCAGAACAACUUCAGAAGAAAAACAAAAGCAAAAAAGGGGGAACGUAUCAUAAGUUUACAAACGAAGAAUCUCCUGAGAAAGAGUCAAAUAGCUUAGUUUCGAAUGGAGGGCAAGGAGAAAUGUUUGAGAUGACUGAAACUAGAAAUACUUUAUAUAAAACGUUCGAUAUGAAAUCAAAUGGGGAACUUAACAGUAACUAUGAGGCUAAUCAUGUCACUAAUGCAACGGUGGAGGAAACAUGUGAAUCCCGACAAAGCUUCUCCAAGUCGGAGCCAGUUAUCUUGCCAACGGAGGUAUCACUAAAAACAUAUUUGAAGUCUAUAAUACAGAUGCCAAAAUCAAUAGGAGUUCUAUGCCUAACUAACUUAUUUUGUUGGAUGUCUCUUGUAUGUUACUCUUUGUAUUUCACCGACUUUGUUGGCCAGAGUGUCUACGGAGGUCAUCCUUCUGCUCCACUGGGAUCAGAGAUGCGACGUAAAUACGAAGAGGGGGUACGGAUGGGUUCAUUCGGGAUGUCUUUAUAUUCACUAUCGUGCUCCAUAUACUCUCUUUGCAUAGAAACCCUGGUUAGAAAAUUCAAGGCUAAGCCAGUUUAUAUACUUAGUCAGUUGGUUUACACGGUUGGAAUGGUCAUUAUGGCCACUGUUCGUCAUCCAGUUGUUGUUGUUCUUCUCUCGCCGACUGCAGGGGUGAUGUACGCCACCCUCUUCACGAUGCCAUACAUCAUCCUAGCGCACUACCACUCCAAUGAUACGUUUGACGACAUCGUAUCUAAAGAACAUAGGAUAAAGCAGGUACGGGGACUGGGGACCGACAUCGCUCUGCUAAGCAGUAUGGUGUUUGUUGCCCAGCUAAUCCUUUCUGCAAUGAUGGGGAGUAUAGUUCACUAUAUUGGAAGUACAGUCGCAGUGAUAGUGGCUGCAUCCGUUCUCAGUUUUUGCGGGGCUGUCAGUUCCACACAAGUCAUGUAUCUAGACUUAUAAUUCUUUAAAAGCAUAUGCUGAGACACAUCUACGUUCUACGUGUAUCCAUUUGAGAUCUAUAGAUAUUGCUUCAUUGGAUCUCAGGUUUACCAUAUAAUGAAAAAAAAAACUCAACGUGUACAAGAAGCAUAUCACGGGGGGAUCCAGAAAUUAACAAGGGGGGGGGGGGGGGGGGCAAAUUGGGCCCAAAUUUUGAAAAUAUAAGGCCCAUAUAUUGAUUAUUUGUCCUUCAGAGGCGUUAAAAGGCCAAAUUGUGUCCAAAAAGGCCCAUUUUUGAG